AUGGCCAUACCAGUCAUAGAAUUGGCAGUGUGUUUCGGACUUGUGCUGUCUGAACUGAUUGCAGAUCCGGCAUGGAAAGGAAAGGUGAUCAGUUUUGGUCAUUUGCCUGAUCAGCCGCUGCCGCAUUUAAUACAAGGUGAUGAUCUCAAGUCCAUGCGUGAGUUUUUGAUGAGGACAUGCUUCAGGGAGUCCAACGAGGGUGUUGAUUUUCAGAAGGUGUUUGAUUUGAUUCUGGAAGUGGUUGUGAAUGAGAACUUGAAGGCGGAGCAGAUUAUCAAGAAAGUGUUUGUGUUCACCGACUUCAGGGGAUUUUUUAGCUGCACCUCAACGACUCUGUAUGAGGCAAAACAGAGCAAGUAUGAGGCUCAAGGCUACGGGAAUGAUGCAAUGCCACACAUUUUGCUUUGGAAUAUUUGUGACUGGAAGUUUCCUCAUUCCAAAGAACAUCAUCCAGGGGUCACGAUGGUGAGUGGCUUCUCCGACAAUUUGAUCAAGUCCUUCUUGGACAAUGGUGGGGAAAUUGGCCCGCAAGCUCUCAUGGAAGCAUCCAUUGCCGACAAAUAG